UCGUGUCAGUGCAAGAAAUUUUUCAGUGGGCUGUCUGAUUCGCACAUUCCAAGAAGUCUGUUAGUAUUCGGCUGUUGUUGGUUAGCUGCAGUUUUUACUUUUUAGUCGGCACUGCAGUCUGGUUCCCAAUAGUUCCUAAACUUUGUGGAACAAGCAGGCUGUAGUUUUGUUCGAUUGACUGUUGAGUGUUGUUUAUAUGCCGUUUUCAUUGUCGGAAACGGGAAUAUCCAAGAAUGGCCGCGGGACGUGUUCAGCUGCGCUUUCCCGGCGUGGAUUCGCUGGUCGUCCAUGUCAGCACCGCAACACCCGACCUGUACGAGGCGUGCCGUGCCGAAGUGCGCCGUCUACUCCAGUCCGACAAUUUCCGUUUCCUCUUCUACACUCCCGCGGGUAUUCAGCCGCAACGGACCUUUAUCUGCGCGUCGGAGGAGGACCUGCAGUUGCUGGUGCGCUUUUACGAAAUGGCGUGUAAUUACUGUAUCCCGUUGACGGUGCAGGGCGUGCCACGGGAACCUCAUCCCGUGCCGGCUCAGGCUAUUGUUCUGCCACUGGCCCAGGACACCGAUAACCAUCACGACAUGCAGCAGCAGCAGGAAAAUGCGCACGGGCAGUCAGCCAGCGGAAUGCAUGCUGGCAUUGGUCCAAACAUGGACGAAGAAAGCAUCGACGGAAGUGCCGAAAGCAUUGUUGGGAAGAUUUUCGCCGCUGUCGAGUUGAUGCUGCCCAAGGGCCGGGAAAGCGAUGUGCUGGGCCGUUUAAACGACCAGAUCUCCUACAGCCUGGCCGUCGCGUCCGGACGCCGCAAUGCGGACCAACCGGCCAGUACGAGCAGUGCAUCGUUCGGCACUGGGUAUUCGCGGCACAGCAUGACGGAUUUUCGAGCGAGUAACGCAGUUCUCAACGCCGAAGGGCGUGGAACGGGUGAGAGCAGUACGAGUAGCGAUGACCGUCCACGGAUUCGGAUGAUCAACGGGCAGCAGAUGCAAGCUCCCCCGACGCCGGAUGCGGCGAAACCGCCGCCCCGCUUCCAGCACCUGCACAGUCUGCUGAACGCCGCCCCGGCGGUCCCGCUUCCGCCCGGCACACCCGCGCCCAAGCAGCAGCGCAAACGCGACCUCCUGCAGCAUAAGCAGCGCAGCAUGACCUUCGCCGCACCCACCAUGGCCCCCACCAUGGCGCCCCUGGUCAGCUUCCCCGGCACUGUCACGCAGGAGCCCCGGAGACUGGCGGAUAUCGGACGCGGGAAGCCGGGCUUCGUGUGUCCGCGGUGUCCGCAGACGAAGGCCACCCGCAGUCUGGUGCUGGAACAUCUGGAGUUCCACGGCAGCGGCGGGCGGUGGACGUGCCAGGAAUGUGAUUUCUCCACGGAUUCCCACACCCGCUUCAAAUUCCACGUGAAAGUCCAUCAGGCGACGCUGAGCGGAGGAGAGGCUCCGGCGGAGACGGGAACGGUCGGGGAGCACGCGGCACAGGAUAUUUAUGGUCAACUGUAAACGGUGAAUAAAUCGUGCCUGGUGUGUUUGAUCGGUUUUUUUCGAAAUGGUUCCUGGCUGACCUUUCGUGUUGUCUCAAUUUUGGACUGAUUGGUAAUUAGUAUUUAAAUGCGUGGUAUUUUGGAAUUCGGACCGUUUAAUUUACAGUAACAUUACGGUGUUGUUUGAUAUUGCGUUGUUCGGUUUUUUUAUGCAGGCUUGAUUAAUGAUUAACGUGUUGUUGAUGUUGCUUUUCUGAAAUGCGACUUGAAUAAGUAUUUUAACUAUUUUUGUAUCCGAUUGCAUUAGUUCAGGUAACGAAUAAAA